GUUUAAUACAGAUUCCCUUUAUAGAGCUGGUAUUUGAGAGACGUUUCUCAAAUCCAGUCCAACAAAGCUCAAUUAUUUUCUUUAUGGGCCUACACAAUUAAAAAUAGUCCCUCAAAAGAACCGUGUCUCACAAUAAUUUAUGUUGCUUUUAAACUAAAAAAAUCUUGAUACUGCUAAUGCGGACUCGGAACCGGACCCGAACCCGGACACGGACCCAUUCUUACUCCAUUCUACGGACUUGGUCUUCUUCAACGCUAUAAAUGACUUCUCUUCUUCCACUUCUUCAUCAGUCAUCUGGAAUAUCUCAAAUCAUCACACAAAUCAAAAACUUGAUUAAUCAUCAAAUAUGGUUGAUGCUGCUCAAAAUCCUGCCGGAGGUGGUCAAGUUCCUGAUUUUCCAGCAGUUUUUACUCAUGGAGGACAGUUUAUACAGUACAAUAUAUUCGGGAAUUUGUUUGAAGUUACUGCUAAGUAUCGACCUCCGAUUUUGCCUAUUGGUCGUGGUGCUUAUGGAAUUGUUUGUUCAGUGUUGAAUUCAGAGACUAAAGAGAUGGUUGCUAUGAAGAAGAUUGCUAAUGCGUUUGAUAACUAUAUGGAUGCUAAGCGUACUCUUCGUGAGAUCAAAAUUCUUCGCCAUUUUGAUCAUGAAAAUAUAAUAGGGUUGAGAGAUGUAGUUCCUCCUCCUUUAAGAAGAGAAUUUACUGAUGUUUAUGUUGCAACUGAGCUUAUGGACACUGAUGUUCAUCAAAUAAUCAGAUCCCAUCAAAAUUUAUCAGAAGAGCAUUGUCAGUACUUCUUGUACCAGAUACUCCGUGGACUCAAGUACAUUCACUCAGCAAAUGUCAUCCAUAGAGAUCUGAAGCCGAGCAAUCUAUUGAUUAAUGCAAAUUGUGAUCUUAAGAUUUGUGAUUUUGGUCUUGCACGGCCAACCUCAGAAAAUGAACACAUGACAGAAUAUGUCGUUACUAGAUGGUACAGAGCACCCGAGCUGUUGCUUAACUCUUCCGAUUACACUGCUGCUAUUGAUUUGUGGUCUGUCGGCUGUAUUUAUAUGGAGCUUAUGAACAGAAGGCCUUUGUUUCCCGGCAAAGAUCAUGUUCAUCAAAUGCGUCUGUUGACAGAGCUGCUCGGGACACCUACUGAAGCUGAUUUAGGGUUUCUUCAAAAUGAAGAUGCCAGACGAUACAUACGCCAACUUCCACCCCUACCUCGUCAGCCAUUAAAACACGUUUUUCCUCAUGUUAAUCCCUUAGCAAUCGAUCUAAUCGAGAAGAUGCUAACAUUUGAUCCCACUCGGAGAAUUACUGUCGAAGAAGCCCUAUCGCAUCCUUACCUUGCUAGAUUACAUGAUAUAUCCGAUGAACCUGUAUGCCAAGAGACUUUCUCAUUCGAAUUCGAGAAACAAGCCUUAGGAGAAGAAGAAAUGAAAGAAAUGAUCUAUCAAGAAGCUUUAGCACUCAACCCGAGUUAUGCAUAACGUACAUGAAACACUCGGAAACGACUCUUCUCUUGAGUACAAUCCUAUGUUCGAUUUAUUUUCUUUUACUCCAAUUUAUUUUGGGUACAUAUGAUGAUUGGUGUGUAAUAUAAUCCAUUUUGUGACUUUACUCGAACUUUGCUUUUCUGAAUAACUCAAUUUUAGUACAAUGUGUGUAAUAUAUGUUAAGAGGAAAUUUGGUGUUGUAAGCGGCCAAAAAAUAUCACUUUAGUGUUUUCAGUUUAUUGUAAUUGCUCCAUUGUGAAAUAGUAAUGCCAUCUUUUAUUUGACCGGUGGCGACGAAGAUUAUGUAUAAUUAAAUAUGAUAUUUGAUGAUAUUGUUUAUAUGAUGAAGUUUUGAUUUGGAGGCUUGGAGCUUCUUACUUG